UAGCUCCAUAAUAUUUGGAAUAUUGGACCAAGAACAGUAUUAGUGAUUACUGAAUAAAAAACAAAGCACGAAGGAGAAUUUCAGAGAGUGAGAGAGAGAUGGAGAAGCUGAGGCCUCAGCUGAGUACGAGAUGGAUAGCCACAGUGGCGGGCAUAUGGAUCCAGUGCAGCGUCGGAGCAUCCUACACCUUCUCCAUCUACUCCGCCGUGCUCAAAUCGAGCCAAGGCUACAGCCAAUCAACGCUUGACACCGUUUCGGUCUUCAAGGACAUUGGUGCCAAUGCUGGGGUCAUAUCGGGCCUCCUCUACUCCUUCGUCACACGCAAGACUUCCCUUCCGCUAUGCGUGGUUCACGUUGUGGGUGCGAUACAGUACUUCCUAGGCUAUUUUCUCAUGUGGGCCUCCGUCGUUGGAUUGAUCGACAAGCCUCCUGUGGCGUUGAUGUGCCUCUUCAUGUUUCUUGCAGCUCAUGCUCAGACCUUUUUCAACACCGCCGAUGUUGUCAGUGGCUUAGAAAACUUUCCUCAUUAUGGUGGCACGAUCGUGGGUAUUAUGAAGGGCUUUCUUGGGCUUAGUGGAGCAAUACUAAUUCAAGUGUAUGACACAUUUUUCAAGGGCGAGGCAAGCACAUACCUUCUGAUGCUUGCUCUGUUGCCUACAUGUGUCUCCCUUGUGCUUAUGUUUUUGGUGAGAAUUUAUGAAAAAACCACAAGUGAUCACAAGAAGCACUUAAAUGGUUUCUCUGCAGUUGCUUUGAUCAUUGCUGGUUAUCUCAUGAUUAUCAUAAUUUUGGAAAACAUCUUCACUUUGCCAUUGUGGGCACGCAUUUCUACAUUCGUUCUUCUUCUGAUUCUACUUUUAUUGCCUCUUGGAAUUGCAAUCAAUGCCCUGAGGGAGGAGUCAAAUAGAUCAUUACAAACAGAUUCAAUUGAGAAUAAUCUUUUAACUGACCAUGGUGAGCAAAUCACAUCCCCAAAAUUUUCUACAGCAGAGGAUACUAUAGAGUAUCAACAAUUGCCAAGUAGUGACCUCGAAGUGAAGGCCACUUCUGAUGACAAAAUACUUUUGGAUGAAGAACCCUUAAAUCCCUUGCAGUCCAUGUGUACUGUGAACUUCUGGUUGUUGUUUGUUGCCAUGAUAUGUGGAAUGGGCUCUGGGCUAGCUACAAUUAAUAAUAUGAGCCAAAUAGGGGCAUCUCUCAGUUACACUACUGUGGAGGUAAAUAACUUGGUUUCUUUAUGGAGUAUAUGGAAUUUUCUUGGCCGAUUUGGAGCUGGAUAUGUAUCAGACUAUCUCCUGCACACAAGAGGUUGGGCAAGGCCAGUGUUGAUGGCUGUUACUCUAGCCACAAUGGCUGUUGGCCACAUAGUUAUAGCUUCUGGUUUUCCUGGAAAUUUGUAUGUCGGUUCAGUCCUAGUGGGGAUUUGUUAUGGUUCACAGUGGUCAUUAAUGCCCACCAUCACUUCGGAGCUAUUUGGUGUUCGGCACAUGGGCACUAUUUUCAACACUAUUGCCAUAGCAAACCCUGUGGGAUCUUAUGUGUUAUCUGUAAAAGUAAUUGGUUAUAUCUAUGACAAGGAAGCGUCUGGCGAUGAUGACACAUGUUAUGGUACUCGCUGCUUUAUGUUGUCUUUUCUGAUCAUGGCAGCUGUGGCAUUUUUGGGGUGCCUUGUUGCUGUUGCAUUGUUCUUUCGGACUAAGAGAUUCUAUCAGCUAGCUGUGCUUAGAAGGUUAAUGCAUUCUUUUAAAUGAUUAGAAGUAAAUAUGAGAACUUUGUGAGGGAAUGUUAGCCUAGGCCACAACCUUUGUGAUUUAUUCUGGAUGUUAUGCGGUUGUUUAUUUGUUUUUGGGUGAAUGGUAUCUGAUUUUAAGAGAAAAUAAAAGUUUAAGGAAAACACUUGCAGAGCUGUAGUCUAUCAUCAGUACAGGCUUGAGCAGGGAGACAUUCAGAAGUUAGUGUGCUAGAAAUACAAGAAAUAAGAAAACACUAGUAGAAAUUAUCAAUGACCAAUUGCGUUAUAAUUGGUGACCUGAAAGGAAAUGGUGCUAGGAGCCAAAUUCAGGGCCUUUGGCCAUAAUUGAAGCUACUUAUUAGGCAAAUUACUUUGUUAGGCCCUAAAAUCUACAUUUUUGCCCUAAUUUUGCGCUUAACGUGAAUUAAGGUUUUUAGGGCAUUUUCUUAGUCAUCUGAAGUUUUCUUUCACUAUUUAAACAUAUUGUAACCUCCAAUUCCAAAGAACUUUGGUGUUAAGAUUAAUAAAAUAUAGAUUUUUGUCCUUC